AUGAUACGCCAACGGCUACGGCUUCUGGCUUUUGCCCGCCAGUCACGCGCCUUCAGCAGGUCUGUCCUGCUCGCGGAACCCAGAAAGACAGACACUGCACCAGCAUCAGCAUCAGCGUCAGCAUCAGCAUCACCAUCACCAUCAGCACCCGCACCAGCAUCACCAUCACCAUCACCAUCACCAUCAGCAGCACCAGCACCCGCACCAGCACCAGCACCAGCACCCGCACCAGCACCAGCAUCACUAUCAGUACCGACCCUCUUCUCGCGCAUCCAGGCCUCCCCCCUCGGCCGCGCCCUGCUCUGGUACGGCGACAAGCAGAAGAAGAGACCCUACUGGACCCAGUUCUGGAGCACCGUCAUCAUCUUCCUUCUCUCCGACUUUAGCGCCCAGCUGCUCGUCCCCUGGAUCACCCACGACGAAGAUGCCGACUCCCCCAGCACCUCUACCACUAGUAUAUGGGACAAGUACGAUCCCGUCCGCACCAUACGACACGUCAGCAUAGGCGGGUUCAUGUUCGUACACAACAACUUCAACUACGCCUCGAAAUUCCUCUCGAUCUUCACAAAAGUCGCUCUCUCACAGCUCGUCUACGCGCCCGUCUUCAACGUCUACUUCUUCUCUGCUCAGUCGCUGCUCUCGGGCGCGGGAUGGGACGAGACACUGCAGCGCCUCCAGCGGACGUUGCCCGUAAGUAUCGUUAACAGCGCAAAGAUAUGGCCUGCCGUAUCCGCGUUUAUGUUCUUGUACAUCGAUCCGGCGUUUAGGGCGAUAUUCGCCGGCACCAUCGCGCUGGGGUGGCAGACCUAUCUCUCCUGGCUGAAUCAGAUGGCUGCCAGAGAGACGGCGGAGAAGAUGGAAGGCAAGAUGCUUGCGUAG